AUAAAUUUGAGCAGUUUUGGGCAAUAAACCGAAAACUCAUGGAGUAUCCUCCAGAAGAUAGUGGAUUUCGAUACAUCCCAUUUAGAAUUUAUCAGGCAACAACAGAGAGACCUUUUAUACAGAAGCUAUUUCGACCAAUUGCUUCAGGAGGACAGUUGCAUACUUUGGGAGAUCUGAUAAAAGAUGUGUGUCCUAGUGCUAUCGCCCCUGAAGAUGGAGAGCAGAAGACUCAAGUGAUGAUUCAUGGAAUUGAGCCAAUGCUGGAAACACCCAUACAGUGGCUAAGCGAACAUAUGAGCUAUCCAGAUAAUUUUCUCCACAUUAGUAUCAUUCCCCGACCUACUGAUUGA